CCGAAUCAAUAAUAGCAGCCGAGUCAUACCGUUCCACCGGGCAAGUCUCUCCCGAUCUCUCGUGUGGCAUGAAGUCGUCAUUGCGCAGGGGAUCAUUCUCCAUAAGGCUUGGCGACAUGUCAAUUUCUUUCGGUACCGAAACAGCGCGUUCUUUCGGUGCCGAAAUCACGGGCUCUCGAACGUCUUCCGAAACGAACGAGAAAGCCGGGGGCGGAGGUGAUUCCGUAUCAUGAUAUCAUGAGCCAACCGGUGUCACGUGG